CAAAGGUGAAUCGUUCUUAGCGCUACGACCCUUAACACACGAAAUCGGUCCAAUUUUUUCAGUUUCCGGGAAAAGUUUAGGCCAAGAAUUUCAGUUCAUGCACCUGAAAAGUUUGAUGCAAGAGCCAUUCUUCACAGGCUGAAGGGAGAUGUUUCCCAGAUUUCCUCCGUUACAUCAUACGGUGUUCAUCGCGGCCUGCUGGGUUGGUAUGUCUGUGCUUGUGAUCCUGUGGCAUUUUGAACUCACAGGUAAAACUGGCAGUGACAGAAGUGACACAUAUCUACACUCCAUCCAGAAAAGGGCCUUAGAACACACAUCUCAGGAGCAAAACAAUGUCAACAACGAUGGAUCAAUGAAGUUGACAGAGGAAGUAACAAGCAAAAACGAAAUGUAUGAUCGAGUGAACACGCUGUUGCUAUUUGUUGGUUACUCUCGCAGUAGACACAGCUUAGUUUCUUCAUUACUUGACGCUCACCCUCACAUGAUAGUUGCAGAUGAAUCGUAUGCACUGAGAAAAUGGGUUCAGCAACCAGCAUGGAAAACGGAAAAAUCAAGAUAUGAAUUCUUCGAUACAAUGUUGGGAAACUCAGCGCGGUCUGUAAAAAGAGGUCGAAGGUCUCGCGUAGCCAACGGAAGCGCAGCAAAUUUUCAAAUCUUCGGCUACCGUAUUCCAGAUCAGUGGCAGGGAACAUAUGAUCGAUACAUACAGGUGAUUGGAGACAAGACAGCUUGGGACACUGCAGUAAUGCUUCGUCUGCUUGGAACACGAGCCAUUUAUGAAAUGAAAGAGAAACUUGGAGUGAACAUCAAGUUCAUUCAUGUUGUCAGAAACCCAUUUGAUAACAUAGCCACAUUUGUUCUUCGACACAAGGACAUCCAGGCCAGGACCGCUGACCCAAAUGUCAAGAUCAAUGCCAGUGAAAUUUUAGACGAAAAGAUACAACUUUACAACAACUGGGCAGAAGGAACCUUUGUGGCCCACAAAUCCUUUCCGGAGGACUUCCUCAGUGUUGUUAGUAUGGAUGUCGUAAAAAGGCCAGCGGAAUCGCUCAGGAAAAUGUGCCAUUUCCUUCAAGUAACUUGUUCAGAAAGCUACAUUCAGGACUGCGCAGCGAUAGUGGACCCAGUCCCCUCAAUUACCCGACACCGCAUUAUGUGGACGGAGAAGCAGAUAAACAGAGUUUACGCCACAAUGAGGGCGUUCCCGGUAUUGUUUGAGGGAUUUACGUUCGAAGACGUAUGACAUACGUCUUAGAAAUAAUAGACAUAUAGAUAAUAAAUCUUUUUGGGACAGACCAGUGCAGUUAAAACUUUGCUUUUUGUGAGUAUUACAAAUCCUUUCAAUUCCUUCUCUUUCAGUUACUCAGCUCUCGAAUGUAAGCUAAAGCAGAAGACACUUAAUAGAACUAAAGCAGAAAAAGUUGUUAAUAAGGUAAAAAUAGAAUUUGGACAAAAGAUCGGGAAGUUCUCUCAGAUGACCAGGGCCCUGAAGAUAGCAAAAUCUAACAAAUUAUUUGUCUCCCUUUAUUAACAGUUAGGAAAUAGUGUGAUAACUUGUAAGUGAAAUUCCUGCAAGUGAAGAAAAUCAUGCAACUACACUGGUUGGCGGCAAGUGAUCGAUGUCGGGCAGUACAUAUGUUUAUUAUUGCAACCAAAAAUAGUUAACACUGAAUUUGUCGAGACACUGAUAAGAAAUUCAAAUCCACAAAUCUUUUCUGAUAUAUCAUAAAUCCUUAAAGUUGUCGCAGGUAACGGCAAUAAUCAUUACC